AUGCUCAAACGUCUCUUCCAAAAGCCUGCAAAGCUCAGUCAACGGCAGAACAAAGGUGAUGGAGGUGAUGAGGCACUCCUGGACUCCUCCUCAUCAAGCUCCGAUCCACUCGAGAAGCCAGCCUGUGAUUGCCAUGCCAGAGGUGCCAGAAUAGCUAUUCGCGCGACGCUGCUAUGCACGACGGUUUAUCUCGGAAUUGGUAUCUGGUUCGGAUACAUAAUGAGAGGGACUCAGUUCGUCGCCGAUGCGGACGACUUCUGUCUCAACCACAUCUCACAUUACUGCGUAGCACCCUUGGUAAACGAAGUGAAACCCAAUUGGCGAACAAUUCAAUAUAAUGGGAGUUUUUUCCACGAGAGCAUAUACCGGCAACCGCCUUCACCAGAAGUCGAUGAAGCGUGGUCGGCUCUGGGCAUAGAUUAUCGCAGUGUCGUAGUGCCUGAAAGCGAGGCGGCAAAGACUGGAUUACGACCCGACCAAGUGAAGGUCAGUCAGCUGUAUGGCGGCGGAUAUCCCGCAAAUGUUGAGGGACUGCACCAUUUGCACUGCCUGAAUCUCCUUCGAAAAGCACUCAAGUGGAACUACAACUAUUACCGUGAGCAGAAGCAGGGCGCUUUCGUCAACAGCGAGUAUGUUGUUCGAUACCACGUCACCCAUUGCAUGGACAUCAUCCGGCAGCAGCUCAUGUGCACCACCGACAUCGGGAUGCUCGGCCAGGUGUGGUACCAUCCCGAGGGCGAGCCGGAGCCGAUUCCCUUUGUCGACUUUAAUACCAAACAUAGGUGUAGGGACUAUGAGGCGAUCAGGCAGUGGGCCGAAUCGCAUCAGCUGCCGCCAGAGUCGGAGGUCGACAUGAGCCGAUUCUACGAGAAGCCGAAGCCGGGAGACACGGUAUAUUCAGAGAUUCCGUAG